GACUUGUCUAGUUUUGAAUUUCAGUGUCGACCUCAUGACUUUGGGAACUUCGUUCUCCUUGCCGGCGAUGCCGCCCAUGCAAUGGCACCAUUCUAUGGACAGGGAAUGAAUUGUGGUUUCGAAGACUGCCUCGUGCUGAAGGAGAUAUCCUUUAUUGACAACAUCGUUAAAGAAUAUAGCCAGUUCGCCGAACAUCUUCACAGUGAAGCUGGGAAAACAGAGAGUCUACAAGUUGUCAAUAGACGUCUUUUUCGUAGGCUAUCGAGCUGA